GCUUCAUGCCCGGCCUGCCUCCAGCAGAGAGCAGUGCGUGCUUGGAUGUGAGCGCCGCCGACCUGUCUCUACUUCCAGAUCGAAAAUGGCGGUCUCUGUGUUCCCCGGCGUGCGGCUCCUCUCCAUCGGAGACGCGAAUGGAGACAUACAGCGGCACUCGGAGCAGCAGCCUCUGCGGCUGGAAGUGAAAACCUCCCAAGAUGCCGCCCUCAUCAGUCUCUCCAAUGGAGAGGACACGAGUGUGUUCAAGUGUUCGGUUUCCCGGGAGACGGAGUGCAGCCGUGUGGGGAAGCAGUCGUUCAUCAUCACCUUAGGCUGCAACAGUGUCCUCCUGCAGUUCUCCUCACCUGCAGACUUUCAGUCCUUUUAUAACCUUCUGAAGAACUGUCGUGGGCACGUUGGCGAGCCCUCGGUCUUCAGCGACAGAACAGAGGAGUCCUCUGCUGUACAGUAUUUCCAGUUUUAUGGCUACCUCUCCCAGCAACAGAACAUGAUGCAGGACUACGUUCGGACAGGGACCUACCAACGGGCCAUCCUCCAGAACCACACCGACUUCAAGGACAAGGUGAUUCUGGAUGUGGGUUGUGGUUCGGGGAUCCUGUCUUUCUUUGCUGCCCAGGCUGGAGCCAGGAAGGUCUACGCUGUGGAGGCCAGCACCAUGGCACAGCACGCCGAGGUGCUGGUGAACAGUAACCGUCUGGGAGAGCGCGUGGUGGUCAUCCCAGGGAAGGUGGAGGAGGUGACGCUGCCGGAGCAGGUUGACAUCAUCAUCUCAGAGCCCAUGGGCUACAUGCUGUUCAACGAGCGCAUGUUGGAAAGCUACCUGCACGCCAAGAAGUUCCUCAAACCCAACGGUAAAAUGUUCCCCACCAUUGGAGACGUCCACUUGGCUCCCUUCACAGACGAGCAGCUCUACAUGGAGCAGUUCACCAAGGCCAACUUCUGGUACCAGCCCUCCUUCCACGGCGUGGACCUGUCUGCUCUGAGGGGGGCGGCGGUGGACGAGUACUUCCGCCAGCCCAUCGUGGACACGUUUGAUAUCCGGAUCCUGAUGGCCAAGUCCGUCAAAUACACCGUCAACUUCCUAGAGGCCAAAGAGGAGGAUCUCUACAGGCUAGAGAUUCCCUUCAAGUUCCACAUGAUGAGCUCAGGUCUGGUACACGGCCUGGCGUUCUGGUUUGAUGUGGCGUUCAUGGGAUCAGUGAUGACGGUAUGGCUGUCCACGGCCCCCACAGAACCGCUGACCCACUGGUACCAGGUCCGCUGUCUGCUGCAGUCCCCCCUCUUCACCAAGGCCGGGGACACGCUGUCCGGGACCGCUCUGCUGGUGGCUAACAAAAGACAGAGCUAUGACAUCAGUAUUGUUGCCCAGGUGGACCAGACAGGAUCAAAGUCCAGCAACCUCCUGGACUUGAAGAACCCCUUUUUCAGGUACACAGGCACCAACCCCAACCCCCCUCCUGGUUCACACUACACCUCCCCAUCAGAAAACAUGUGGAACACGGGGGCGGUCUACGGCAUGAGUCAGGGGAUGGGCGUUUCAGGAAUGCCAGCAGCUUAUGACCUCAGCACAGUCAUCGGCAGCAGUCCGCCAGUGUCUCACAACAACCUCAUCCCCUUAGUGAACACGGGCAUUGUAAACCACACCCACUCCAGGAUGGGCUCCAUCAUGAGCACAGGAAUCGUUCAGGGAGCCACCACUGGUCAGUCGGGCCCCAGCAGCAGCGGUACCUACUACCCCGUCACCAACCAGUUCACUAUGGGCGGCGCUGCCAUCUCCAUGGCCUCCCCUAUGGUCAUCCCUGGCAACACCAUGCAUUACGGCAGUUAGGAUGAAGACCUUGAAGACCUUUGCCCCUGCAUGACAAAAACUCCCACCCCCCUCCCUAAACCCUGAUGGACCCAACAACCGCAACCAAAUCCAGUAUACCAAAACCAGUGCAGAUGUGGCACUUCCUUCCGUUGUUGGUCAGCUUCCUCUCCUUUGGUCCAUCACCAGAUAAACGGUCAGACGCUCUCGUAUCCGUCCAGACUCUUGUCUUUCUAAAGUGGAGGCCCCCCACCCAUCUUGUUUUUGGAUCCAUCAGAACUGUCUGACCCCACCCCCAGCAGCAGUUUGGUUUCCUUUCUUCCUCAUUCUGUUUCCGUUUUAGUCCCUCCACUCCGUCUCGUCCUGAGAAUCAGCUCAUCGCUACAAACCAGCAUCAUUCUGUUACCACGGUGCUCCACAUCUCAGAACAACACCUGGGCUUCUCGUUUCCAUGGUAACACACCGUUAUUGUCAUUGUGAUCAUCUCUGACUUGCUGUGUCCACGGUGGAUCCAGGCCUCUCCAAGGACUGAUUGAUCACGUUCCGAGGGCAUCGGUCUCUCCAGGUUGACAGAAACAGUAUCAUCAUCGUAACCUUCCAUCCUGAGCGAUGAGUUACGCUGAAAUCAUCGGGGUCGAUGAAGGUCAGCAGGUACCACGUCCGCUGGGUCGGCCAGAGCUUCAUGACGGUACCUGGAUGUUUCCUCCUUCCACCCACGACUGUCUCACUUCAACUUAAAUAAAAUGUAAUGAGAUGCAGUUCCUGACCUUCACCAGCAGAUGGCAGCAUCUGCGCAUCCUCACCAGAACUUUACCAUCCUUCCUCCAGUUUUAACAGUUAAAGGAUGAAAUUUACCCACCAGAACCAGAACUUUCUCAUCUUCACGUUUCUCUGGCUUCGCUCCGAUGAUGAUGAUGUUGAUGAUGUUGAUGAUGAUGGUAGAUGAUUCAGCUCUUCGUGAACUUCUCUCCCACCUCAGUAAUGGGUGAGCUGGGAGGAUGAUAAAGCUGGUCCCAGGACAGUCUGAGGAGGAAGGACCCAGGAGGUGGUCGGGCGGGCUGGACCGGACCACUUUGUUGCAUAGAGAAUCUGAUGUGGAGGCGUGGAGACGCCCUCACGUUAAAAUGACUGCCAACAUAUCAUCACCCCCAUCACAGCCUUUUCUAAGCAAAGGAAGGAGAGACUGACAGUGAUGCGUGACUCCCACCGUCUCAUGUAUCGCAGUUUGAUUUAAUGAGUUUUAAGAAAGCUGAGGAAAAUGUCUCUAAGUAGGAAUUAUUUUUGUUGACAUUUUGUUUUUUGUUUUGUUUUUGUCUUUCAUAAAAAAGCAAGGAUUAGAAAAAAGUGAGCAAAUUAAAUGUGGUGGAGAUGUUCCAGCACCAUCCUGGA